AGCGGCCCCUUCUAGCGCGUGACAUCCUGCGGUGACGAGACGAGCGUUAGGAGGACGCGACUCGAGAGCAUGGACGAAGCGGCGGCGAUGACGGAGGCGGCGAAGCGCUGCGGCGAGGGGCGGGGCCCACCCAAGGCGGUGGUGCGAUGGGGACGGAGGGCGUGGGAGCUUCUGGAGGCGGUGCGGCGGCGUGCUCCGCUGGUCCAGUGCAUCACCAACUUCGUGUCCAUGGACCUCGUGGCCAACGCCCUCCUGGCCGCUGGGGCGUCGCCGGCGAUGAUCCACUCCCUAUCGGAGAUCGACGACUUCACCCCCCGUGCCGACGCUAUCUUGAUCAACGUUGGUACGCUCUCCGACGGGUGGCUCCCAUCUAUGAGGGCGGCCGCCGCCGCCGCCGCCCGGGCUGGCCGCCCCUGGGUCCUCGACCCUGUCGCUGUCUCCGCCUCGGACUUCCGAUUGGAGGCCUGCCUCAGCCUCGUGGGCCUCCGCCCCGCCGUCAUCCGAGGCAACCCCUCGGAGAUUCUAGGGCUUUCUUCCGCGUGCCGGAUUCGCGACUCCAAGGGUGUGGACAGCUCCCAUGAACCAAUGGAUGCUGUGGGAGCUGCCAAGUCAUUGGCACAAGCCAGUGGCGCCAUAGUUGCAGUAUCUGGAGCUGUGGAUGUCAUCACGGAUGGACGGCAGGUGGUGGGUGCACACAAUGGGGUGGCCAUGAUGCAGAGGAUCACGGCAACAGGGUGUGCCGUCACGGCACUUAUCGCUGCCUUUGUUGCAAUUGAUCCACCAAAUGCUCUGGAAGCCACUGCAUGUGCUCUCUCCAUCUUUGGCUUGGCAGCUGAGCUGGGGAUGGCUAUGGCAAAGGGACCGGCCUCGCUGCGGAUGCAUAUGAUUGACUCACUUCAUGGACUUGAUGAGCACACUGUAGCUUCCCGGGUCAACAUUUCCUUCAUAGCAUAGGCUCUCGACAGCAGGUAUGUUGAUGCCUUCUUCAUAUCUAUACAAUGAUAAAUUCGAAUGAUUUCCAUAGUACAGCCAAUACAAGACGAGGUGAAUUUUACUGAGCUUCUCUUUUUUGUUUUUUCAUUGUUUCUAUAUAAACUGGAGAAGUGCUACCAUAAAAUUACUCAGGACAUGAUAACUUUUUUUUUCUUCCUUUUCCAUUAAGAACUGGCCUAUAUAUUGGUCUUCUUUUAUCAAGUCAUGACUUGAUUGAGUUAUCUGGCUGCUAAUUACCUAAUAAUAGCACAGUGCAUUCAUGAAAAUUGAACACAGAAUCUUGGAGCUGCACCCAGAUAUACUUUAUCAGAAAUUGAUGUCUACAGGUAAAUAUAAUAAUAUAAGUUGGAAAGAUGUUCUCUAAGUUGUUGGCUUUAUAGGAAAGGGAAGAAAUGCUAUUAUAGAAGAACUCGUUGUAUUGAUGUAUCCUUUAACAAUGGACUAGCAUCAAACUGAAGUCAUGCAAAUUGAAUCAUCUGCUGUGCGAUAUUUGCACCGUAGAGUGCAGUGCCAUCUUGAAGAAUUGUGGCUCUCUUUUUAACUUCCAAUGCAUUGCAUAUAUCUUGUACUAAAAAAAAAAGUACAUAUCUUCAUAAAUAAAUGAAAGCUGCCCAUCAGCUAUCUACCGUGA